AUGACUGACAAUGAUAGUAUUGGAAAUUACGGUGGGUCUAGUAAUGAUAAUGCAGGAUCACCGUCAAAAAGAGUAGACAAAAAAUCACAGGAACAAAAUAAUCUUAAAUAUAAUGAAGGUUCAACGCUGACGUCUGGAGGUGAUCAAACAUAUUUUGCUGAUACUAAAAUACAAAUACCAGAACUUGAUAAUAAUUUCUUUAGUCUCAGAAAAUUAUGGGCAUUCACUGGGCCAGGAUUUUUGAUGUCAAUAGCAUAUUUAGAUCCUGGAAAUAUUGAAUCUGAUUUACAGUCUGGAGUUAAAGCUAAAUACAAGUUACUAUGGGUAUUACUAAGUGCAACAAUACUCGGAUUAGUAAUGCAACGUUUGAGUGCACGGUUAGGUGUUGUCACUGGAUUACAUUUAGCCGAAAUGUGCUAUCGACAAUACAAAAAGUUACCACGAAUUUUAUUAUGGAUUAUGACUGAAAUCGCUAUUAUUGGUAGUGAUAUGCAGGAAGUAAUUGGUACUGCCACCGCGCUGUAUCUUUUGUCCAAUAAAGGUCUUCCACUAUGGGCUGGUGUUUUAAUAACAGUGAUCGAUACAUUUACAUUUUUAUUACUCGACAAAUAUGGACUAAGAAAAUUAGAGUUAUUUUUUGGACUUUUAAUAAGUAUUAUGGCAGUCACAUUUGGAUAUGAAUAUGUAAAAUCAGCACCACCGCAAUUAGAAGUACUCAAGGGUAUGUUUACACCCAUGUGUGUAGAUUGUGAUAGUACAGUUUUAUUGCAAGCUGUUGGUAUUGUCGGCGCUGUUAUUAUGCCGCACAAUUUAUAUCUUCACAGUGCCUUAGUUAAAUCAAGAGAUAUUGAUAGACGACAACCUACAAAAGUGAAAGAAGCUAACAAAUAUUUUUUUAUUGAAUCAUGCAUUGCCUUAUUGGUAUCAUUUAUUAUAAAUGUAUUUGUUGUUGCUGUUUUUGCUCAUGGACUAUUUGGUAAAACAAAUGCCGACGUUUACGAAGUAUGUGUUAGUACGAAUAAUACUUUAGGAAUGGAUACCUUUAAAACAAGAAACAACACUAACUUAGUAGAAGCUGACUUGUAUAUAGGAGGAAUAUUUCUCGGUUGCACAUUCGGGGCUGCUGCAAUGUACAUUUGGGCUGUUGGUAUUUUAGCUGCAGGACAAUCAUCAACAAUGACCGGUACAUAUGCCGGACAAUUUGCGAUGGAAGGAUUUUUAAACUUACAAUGGUCCAGAUGGAAGCGUGUGCUACUAACACGUACGAUUGCCAUUGUUCCGACAUUUUUCGUGGCCUUCUACGCAAGCAUCGAAGAUCUCACGGGCAUGAAUGAUGUUUUAAACGCCGUUAUGAGUCUUCAAUUGCCCUUUGCUACUCUUCCGACUAUCGCUUUCACCAGCAGUGUUCAUGUCAUGGGUCAAUUUAAAAAUGGAAAGUUUAAUAAAAUUGUUGCAACAGCAUUGUCGGCAGUUGUAAUAGCUAUUAAUAUUUAUUUCGUUAAAGAUACUGUUGAAACACAUUUACCAGAUAACUGGGCAGUUUAUUUGGGAAUAACUAUUUAUGCAAUAUUUUAUCUUGGAUUUUGUUUUUAUUUAAUCAUACAUAUGGCUAUUGCGAUGGGCGCUGAUUUCUUAACCAAUUACAGACUUAUAGCUAAAUACAUUGGUGGACCUUCUGAAAUGAAUUUUGCAUUAAGUAACCCUGCGGAUUAUUCCAGAACAAAUUAUGGAUUCGCAAUUCAAGAAAGUAUUAACGGAAGUUUUUCAUCACUUGACGUAAUGUAA